UAUUAAAAAAAAAGUGAACUUAACAUAUUGAGAAAAAAUAAAUUCUAAAUUUUAUUUCGCAUUGCAUCCUAUUCUGCAUAUUAACUUUAAAUAAUAUAAACAGAUAUGUUUUGUAAUCCUAGACCGUAAUUUGGACGUGUUUGAUUUGUAACGCCUUACAAAUAAUCAUGUUGCCUACAUUAUUUGUUACAAAUAUUUACAGAAAAUUAAGUAGACGGUCACUUGAAUUGAAACAUUUCCAUACGAUAUCAUAUAAAAUUCCUAGACUAAAAAAGUAUCAGGCAUACUGUAUCGUUAAUAAAGUUAAUAAAAAAUCAUGUAGGUUCCUAAAUUCGACUAAUAGUCUCUAUGAUAAAAGUAACCAAAAUGAUGUAGGUGACCUACAGAAAAAAAUAUUGGAACACUCAGAACCGACAUCAAAAAGCUUUAUCACACAAAGUACUACCGGGGAUAUUGUAGUGAAAACUGAAACGGAUGCAGAAAAAGUUACAAAAUUGACUAUUGAGAAGGUACCAACUAGUUCUCCAUCAAAACAAACUAAUACUCAACCAGUUAAGAAAAGAUUAUUAAUUGAUUUUUCUGCUUCUUAUACUGAGCGGAAUUUUAUAACACCAAUGCGGGCAAUGACUGAAUAUCUUUUGAAACAAACUGACUUAGAGACACUUCCAAAGGUGUUAAGGAGAUCACCGUACGAAUCAGAGCCUCCAAUAACUGUGUACUAUAGAAAGGAUGUGGAAGCUAAAGCUUUUGAGGUAUGGGGAUCAAAGGAUGCUUUAGAAAAAGAACUCUUGAGAAGAGAAUUGGACAGGCGGAGAUAUGAGCAAGAUGUUUUUACUGUGAAAAGAAGGUUGAGGACCUACAGGAGAGAAAUGAGCCACAAGCGACUGAGACCAGAAGUAGAAGAAAUGGGUUUAAAAACAAGAUCAGGUCGAGUGGUUCUUACUGCUAUUGGAAUAAAUGGAUGUAAUUUUCUAUUCAAACUUUGUGCUUGGUUCUAUACUGGAUCACACAGCUUAUUCUCAGAAUGCAUUCACUCUCUUGCAGACACUGUAAAUCAACUAAUUUUAGCAUAUGGAAUACAUAAAUCUGUUCAAAUGGCAGAUCCAGAUCAUCCAUAUGGCUAUACAAAUAUGAGAUAUGUAUCAUCACUAAUUUCUGGAGUAGGUAUCUUCUGUGUAGGGAGUGGACUAUCAUUCUACCAUGGGGUCAUGGGAAUAUUGGAUCCACAACCACUUCAUGAUUUUUAUUGGGCAUAUUUUGUUCUUGGUGGUGCUGUUGUUUCUGAAGGAGCUACUUUAAUGGUUGCUUUAAAUGCAAUAAGAAAAGGUGCAAAAGAAGCAAAUGUGCCCCUUCAUGAAUACGUUAUGCGUAGUUCAGACCCUUCAGUGAAUGUCGUGUUGUUGGAAGACACGGCAGCUGUGGCUGGUGUGGUUGUCGCUGCGUCGUGUAUGGCAAUCUCGCAAUAUACCGGCAAUCCGUUGGCAGAUGCUGUGGGCAGUCUUCUAGUUGGCACCGUGUUAGCUGGAGUGGCGUCAUUUAUAAUUCUUAGCAAUGUGAAUGCCCUGGUGGGGAGGUCGAUCCCGCAAGAGCAACUUGAUGAAAUAAAUAGUGUAUUGGAGAGAGACUUCAUGAUUCGAGCCAUACAUGACGUCAAGGGUAUAGAUAUAGGCAGUAACCUCAUUAGAUAUAAGGCUGAAGUUGAUUUUGAUGGAAGAGCACUCACAAGAUCAUAUUUAGAAAAACAUGACUUAAAUGCCUUGUUGGAGGAUAUGAGAAAAAUUGAAACCAUAGAUGAUGUAGAAGCAUUCUUAUUGAAACAUGGUGAAAACAUUGUUGAUAUGUUAGGUGGAGAAAUUGAUAGAAUAGAAUUAAAACUUAGGAAAAAGUUUCCACAAAUUCGGCACUGCGAUCUGGAGAUACUUUAAAAAUCUGGACCAAAUAGAAUGCAAACACAAGAUCGCUUAUGUUUGUUUUUAAGACAAACUACACCCCUAAUCUCUGGUGUCAUUUUAUAAUAUGAAUUGACUAUUUACUCCAUUUCCAUUGAAUUGUAAAUUGUCCUAAACAUAUUUUUGAAUGAUGUUCUAUUCACUAUUUAAGUUUGUUUUAUACCAGUACAAGUACUCAUUAAGCGAACAGCGCCUAAAUAGGAUUGUGCUUAUUGUGCAGGUAAUAUUUGCUUACAAGGUCAUUAAAACCUGACUUCAAACAUAGUGUACGUGCACUUUUAAAGAAAAUCAUGAUCAUAAUGCUUAAAUUGUAAUUAUCUUAAUUUAGUCAAUGGUUAGAUAUUAUAAAUGUCAAUUUUUUUAUUUAGACUAAACAUUUGCAGUUCUAAAUUGUUCCCAGUAAAUUAACUGCGAUUUAAUUUUUCAAAAUAAUCUCAAAGUAUAAUAUUUAUUUUGAGCGAUAACCUCCGAGCGUUUUUAAUAAGUGAACUAAUAUUGACAAUUAUUUAUUGACUAAAAUGUUGACGUGUAAUAAAUAAUAAUAUUGGAGUCGAUUAUAAAGUGCCAUUCCUUAAAUUAAUAACUAAAAGCAAAAUUUAAGUUAUAAAUAAUAUAAAUACAUUUUAAAAUUUUACAUUUAGAUAUAAAUUUGGAGAAUGGCGUUCAAGAAGUUAGCGCAAUUGUGAAGCAAAUUUGUGAUUUUUAAAGUAUAUUAUGAUGAAAUGUUGAAAAUAUGAGUUAGUUUUUCAUGGUAGUAGAUAGGAAUAAGUUGUUGAUACAUAUAUUUAAUAAAAUAAUGAGAAACAAAAUAAUUAUAGUGCUUCACACAUUGCAGCCUGUGAAUAAAUAGUUAAAGCAGAUCUAAUUUUGUUUUUGUUCUUUUUGGCGUCUAUUUACUGAAUAUUUUAUAAUAUAAAAUAUUUACUACUGCUGAUAAUUUGAUCAGCUGACAGAAAAUACAUAUUCUAAUGGAAAAAAGUCAUGUCAAAAUAUAAGAAAUCUAUAUAUUAAAAUAAAAUAUACAGGAAUAAAUUCUAUUACUUUGUUUCUCAUAUGUAAGAACGAUUAUUAUGUUCAAGAACAUAACCUACGCAGGUGCAAAGGUAUAUCACAAUAUGGGCAACUAAAUUUAAUAAAACCAAUUUUUAUUACUUAUUAUGUACCCACUUUUAAAUUUAUGUAAAAAAUUAUAUAAUGAUAAUUUAUUUAAACUACGAGUUUUUUUAAAUAUAACUAAAUUUCCUAUCUCCAUAAAACGUUUUUCUGUGAUUUAGUUGUAUAUAAUGUUAUGAAGUAUAUAUUUAGGUAAAUUAAGCAUAGACACAGGAAAAAUAAUAUUUAUAAGUUCUGGAUAUUAAUAAAGUUUUAUUGAUUAAACAUUUGUUUAACUUAUUUGCGGUUCUUAUGUACAAUAGACAUAAAUCCCUACUGAAGAUAUCUCCCUC